AUGGGAGAACAACUUCCUGAAUACACCAAAUUUCCUCCGUUCUACACUGUUCAACCGAUCGACAGAACAAGGGAAUAUCAAAUGGAGUUGUGGGGACAAGUUGUGACGCAGUUUUGUGAGCGACGUAGUAUAUCUGUAGUGACAUUGGCAGACUUCUUGAGUUUGGGUAUUUUCAAAAAUGAGGAGAUCAAUAGGAAAUUGAGUGAAGAUGGUAUCAAAUUAGUGUUUGACUACAUGCAAAGGAAAAAGCAAAUACAACAACUUGGUCAGUCUUCAAAGUACUUUGUUGCUUUUAAGAGUAUUGUUGAUUGGGCCAAUGACUUGUUGGACUACGGAACUACUUAUGGACUCAGCGGCUCAUCUACGACUUUCUUUUCGUUACAGAACGAAGACACUUCUGUCUUUUACAAAUGUGAUACCACUCUUCUUUUGGCUGUUUGCGAAGUGUUGAAGAGCAAAGGCAAAAUCAAACUAGCCGAGAAAAACGGGUCGUACGGUAUUUUGUGGAAAUGA